AUGCCGUCUAAGACGGCCAAGAAGAAGGCAAAGACUGGCGAACCUACCACGGUCCUAGUAGCUUGCGCGGCUAGUGCUGUGUCUUUUGGCGAAGCCAAGAAGAACCUCAAGAGGAGGGGUCCCAUGGCCGCCGAACAGAAGGCUGCUGCACGUCCGGUUCCCGGUGGCUUGCCGUCGCUCAACGAAGUGCUGAUGACAAGGAGGUCACUCAGGCCAACCACGCUGCGACCGAAGCCAGCAGUGAAGCAGCCUGUUGAGCAGGACGAUUUCAAAGCCGCGCUCUUGAAGAAGUUUGAGAACGUUAACAUCUACAGCCCAUUCCCUACUGCCGUCGACCCCAAUGACUCCUUCGCCGAGCCACCUUCUCCCUAUCGCGUCCCCUGA